GUGGAAAGACGCUCAGAGGAAGACACAGGAAAAUGACACAUCACCAUACACUGAUCAUUCACAUUGGGGAGUCUGCGGGCACGGGCUCAGUGCGAGGAAAUGGUGAAAUAAGAUGGUGCUGUAGAUGUUUUGAGACAGUUCUAAGAAAUGCUGCUGCUUCAUGUUGCGCUUGUCGUCUUGGUAUCAGAGGCAUGGGGUGAUGAGAAAGGCCAAUAUCAGACCUAUGAGACAUUCACUACUGCUUCUGCUUUGACUUCUCGAAACUAUGAGGUGAAGUUCUCAUCUUUCAGACUCGGGGAGGAAGCUAAGCUGACGUGUGGAGAUGUGGCAAAAGCAUAUAACACAACGAUAUAUGUUAUUUGGACUCUAAAAUUACAAAACAAAGAGUGUCACAUUAGAUGUGAUGAUAAGGGUGAUAACGAAGACACUUGCAAAGACAAAAAAGCCCUGAGAAAUAGUACAGACGGCCAGCUGAUCCUCCACAUCCCCCAGUUCUCCUACAGCGACGUGGGCAACUACUCCUGUGAUUAUGCCUACGAGGGGGGGUCUAACUUCUUCAUACACGUCAUCAACAUCACAGCUCCUCCAAUUGUCUCCUCUUUGAUUGAGGAGAGAGGUGACAGGAGAGUGGUCGUGUGCAGAGCAGAGAGAGCCAGUCCUGCAGCUAACAUCAGCUGGACCGUUGCUGGUAACGUUACCACGAAAACCGAGUGGGACCCAGACGGGCUCGUUACUGUGGAAAGCUCUGUGGAAGUCAACACGCUAGAGGAGGCACAGAACCUGUCGUGCACCAUCACACACCCGUACUGGAACAAGAGCCGAAACUUCAGGCCAAACAAGACCCAAAUCCUCAAGCCAAACAGCAUCAGUCAGGCCAUACGUCAUCUUGCAGUCAGAGCAACUAUUGGCAUCAGUGUGGUUUUCUGCUUGGCCUUAUUAUUUUUGGCAGUAAAGAAAGUAAUAGAUUUAAGGAUGAAUCAAAGGGCAUCAAAACCUUCACGAAUGGACGAUGUAGAGGAAGUUGAACCUUAUGCAAGCUACGUUCAACGCGUGAACUCGAUAUAUAAUUAAUCCAGAGAUUUGUUCAUUUAACGUUUUCUCUUAUUUUAAAACAUGUGAAGGACUUUUACAAGAAAAUCUCAGUGGAACAAAUGUAUUAGUCACAUAGAAAUGGAGUUCUGAUUUUAACAAGUGGAAUAGAUGAGUGGUUGGUAAUUUACAUGCAAUAUAGGACAUGCUACAGACUCCUAAUUACAUUUGUCAUAACAAUGUUCUUAAAAGCUGUUUACUGUUCAGGUUGUGUUAUGAUUUGUAAAUAUUCAGUGGUAUGUUGUGUUUAAUUUAAAAUGGUCAAACCAUCAAUAACUAAUGAUGAAAAUUAAAAACACUAUAUUUAUAAAA